AUGUUCUUCUGCGCAAUCUCCGGCGAACCUCCUCAAGACCCCGUCAUCUCGUCCAAGUCGGGGCACGUCUACGAACGCCGACUAAUUCUGAAAUAUAUUCAAGAAAAUGGCACGGACCCCGUCACCGGCGAGAAGCUUGAGGAGGGUGACCUGGUCUCCGUGAAAGCCAGUCCGAACGCAACCGCGCCGCGUCCUCCCACGCAUAGCAGUAUCCCAGCACUGUUGAACGCGCUGCAGAAUGAAUGGGACGCGAUGGUCCUCGAAACCUUCACGCUCAAGCAGCAGUUCCAUAGUACGCGUCAGGAGUUAUCCUACGCCUUGUAUGCUCAGGAUGCUGCCUCACGCGUUGUUGCGCGUUUGAUGCGUGAACGCGACGCUGCCAGAGAAGCAUUGGCAUCUGUACAGGCGUCUAUGGGUCUUCAACCGACUGCGCCUGCUGGGGGAGAUGUUGAAAUGGAAGACCAGCCUGAGAAGGCCUCUGACGAGCCCUUCUCUCCGGCCGUCUUGGAGCGAAUCAACGAGACCUUCACCGCGCUUUCCGCGACCCGCAAGAAGCGCAAGGCACCCGCAGACCACGCAAAACCGGCCGACGUUUCCAAGUUCACCUCGACAGGCGUUGUUCCCAGCCUGCACAGCGCCUCGCCAGCCGGGGUGACAAGCAUCGCACUCAGCGCUGAGAAGCCCGGGACGUUCCUUAGCGGUGGCAACGACGGUGUUGUCCAGCUGUACGACAAGGACAGCGACAAGGUCCUCACGACCCUCAAGGGACACGCCAAACGCGUCACUCGCGUCGCCCUCCGUGAGGCCCUUGGAUCCAGCGAGUCUACAUUACUCCUCUCGGCUGGUGCGGACAAGCUCGCGCGUAUAUGGAGUUUGGAUGCUGCCAGCGGCGAAUACGCGCCCCGCGGUACUCUCCGUACACACUCAGGCGAAGUGACUGGUCUUGCCGUACACCCUACACGCACUUUGCUGGCACUCGCUAGUCUCGACGGCACAUACAGCGUCGCUGACCUAACGACCAUGCAGAGCCUGUUCCGCUCCGCACCGGCAGAAGAGGGCGAGAAGUACAGCGGACUUGCGGUCCACCCCGAUGGCACUCUCUUGACACUUGGCACGACAAGCGGCGCUGUACGCGUAUUCGACUUCCGCUCUGGCUCACUCGCCGCCUCGCUGUCCUCGCCCGCGCAUGCGGCCGGAACUGGUUUCACGGUUCCGGCAUUGAGCUUCGCCGAGAACGGAUACUCCCUCGCGGCGUCGAGCGGCCCGCACGAGCUCGGUAUAUGGGAUUUGCGCAAGCAGAACCUCGCGCAUACCUGGGACCUGGGCGAGGGCGUCAAGACGCACGACGUUGCGUACGACUAUGGUGCGCAGCUGAUCGCCGCUGCUACGAGUGGCGGUGUGCGUGCUUGGGCACAUAAGAGCUGGGAUGAGUUGGGUCACUGGGAGGAAGGCGGAGAAGCAGUUGCCGUGGCCUGGGGUGCUAAGAGUCAAAGCCUGUGGGGGGUCACUGGCAGGGACGUCAGGAUUUGGGGCAAGGCCGCGUAG